ACGAGCCACCGUUUGGAAAAUUAUGGUCUGUCGAGAUCACACUUUUACAAGCAGAUUUCCCAUCAGGAAAUAUUUUUUUACCGUUUGAGAAUUUUUCAUCAGUGGCAAAACUCUUUGUUAAAGGAAAGUUUUUCAUCGGUCAGGAAUUGACACUAAAUAAAAAGCCUCAGGAGAAACUCCUGCCUUGUGUACUUGGUUUAAUAGCUUAAUCAUAUCGCUUUUGAUGGGUCGGGAAAUUUUUGAAAUGCCUGAGAAGGUCCUGCUCUGUGUAAUUAACUUAACUUUGCGGAGUAAACAAACAUGAUUUGAAUGCCUUGUCUGAUGAUGUCUUGUAAUUACAUUGGGCGCUAAAAAUAAAUCAUUGUUACACCAAGUCAGUCUGAAUGGUGCAAAAUUUCAUUUUCGUGAUCAGUACAGGGCAAACAGAACAACAAGGAACACAUGACAAUUUCGCUCACAAACAACACAACAGAGAACACGGAAUCAGAAUAGAAAAUAUUGAGGAUAUUUAUUUUGUAGAAUGACCGUAUUGUCACGGAAUAUGAAACACGUCUAACUGGGUGCGUUGAGAUCCAUUCAAUAUGCGAAUUUUUCUUACGUUUUCAACUUCACACCUUCAUAUAAAGGUAGGGAUAUCGGUAUAUGUGAAAUUCGUUUCUAAUCAGUCGGUGCAUUUUCUUCUUUCUUUUAACAGGGAACAAGCCUGACUGUCAUCUUAGUGACUGUACAGUACUUUGGUUCAUGCUCAGUUACCUUCGCCUCCAAUUCGAAGAGAAGAACAUGCAAUCUCUUAUGGAAUAGAUAUCCAUCUUCUUCAGUACUCCAUCAACAUGCAAACACAACAGAAUAAAGAGAACCCUUUGUUUCUCAGCAGCGCGGUUAAAAAUGAAGGAAUCCCUUCUAUUUGCGCAGUGAAACAUGAAAACUUAUUGAUUGAUGACACCUGUCAACUUACAUCACCCACGUCCGAUUCUUCUGUCAAACGUCCCUUGAUUGACAGCCAACAUGACAUGACCACGCCAAGUUCAAAACGCAUCAAACAAGAAUGGGACGAUCCAUCAUUCUGGGCAAAUAAGGAGAGACGUUUACUCUCAAGCAAGACGAGCUUGCAGAAUAUCAUCAGUGAAGUGGCUGAUUCGUUUGAAAGCAACAAUUGCGUGAGAAAUGCAUCGUUUCAGGGCUUUGAGAGCUCCAACAGGAAUCUGUCUGGUGAAGAUGACGCAAUAGCUUUGAAACGAAAGAGAAGACAAUUUGAAAGUUCGACCCAAAUUGUUGCGAGUGCGAACGAAGUUACAACUGGGGAUGAAAAUGUAGAAGUAGUAGCGCCUUCAAUUGAUUGCCACAAAGAGGAACGUUCGGUGCCCUCAAUUGCUGAUCACGUUCAGCCUGAAACAGCGAAGCCAAUUCUAAGACCUCUGAAGAGUCUUGAUUCCGGACUAAGCGAGGGUUAUGCAUUUGAUCAUAACUUCUUUCCCAAACUAGUCGGAGUUCACUCAGCUUUAUUACCAACGUCAAGCUCGCCGGAACUAGAGUCGAAUCAUCAAUCCCAACAAACAACGUAUGUACCACUGCUCAAGAAACUUGCACAAAAUCAAGAAACAAGGGAUAGAAAUUCUUCCCCUCCACAAAACGCCGAGAAUACUUUAACAGCGGUUUCAAAUCGAAACUUUCUUGGCCAUUGUAAAGAUGACAACGGUCACGCAAUUCCCAAGAAUACUGGCCAGGUCAGGUCACUUGAAACGCCCUUGAUGUCACGGACUCAAAAUGCAUUGACUUGCGACACCAAUUUAUGCAAACGUGACUUGCUCGAAGAUUCAAGGGUUCAUGCGCAGAAUGCAUCAAGGACAUUACCCAUCACUCCCCGUGUUCCUUCCACGGACAAUCGUCCAGUUCCAUGGAUAAACGCCAGCUUGUUUAGUCAAAAGAAACACGGAACAAAAUCACCGGAAACCGCAGCUAACAUUUGUACAUCGACUGAUGCAACAGUUGCUGAGCAUGCGCAGGGUCAAGACAGUGCAAGACAUGAUGCGGUGGAUAGUACGUCACAACUAUCCCCACUCCUCUCUCCGGUUAGCCCAAGAACUCACAGUCUGGUUUAUUCAAGUAAGCAAACCUCCAAGAAGUCUUCCAAAAAGCUCAAAUCAGUCAACAUGCAGGAAAUGGUCAACAUUUAUAGAAUGGCUACCAGUGCCUCGUCACGCAAGAAUCAAACUAAGGGCGCCACUCUUCAUUCUCCUCCAGAUUCCACGUCACAAAAGCCAUGUGACCUCUUGUUUUCCUUUACGAAAGCAGACGGCAAAAACGACUUAUUUCUUGUCGUAGACGACGAAGUGUUUGCAGUGAAACGGUUCGACUACAAAGGCGUGUCGUAUUUGAUUCACACCGAUAAAAAGGGAAAGGCUUCGAUUUUAGCCAAACUUCCAGAGGAGGAAAAGUUGAAGUUGCAACACAACGACACAAGCUCAAGCAGUCGUCAGCAGUUUCCGUCUAACAGAGCAAGUACCUGUAAUGUCACGUCCAGCAGUUCAAAGCGAUCAAGGCGCACAUCUCGCCCCAGGCUUACUCCACAGUGCCCUUCUGGGACAUCUCUUAGUGUCACAGCACUGCAGACGUUUUGUGAUGAGACCUAUGGUGACAAAGCUCAGGCAAUGUCAGGUCAGCAACCGGUUCUAGAUGAAAUUUCCAGAAGAACGGGCGAUCAAGGCAGGCAGAAACAAGCAACAUCACUGGAUGUGGAUGAAGUUUUAUCUGAACGUCAAGCCGUGUAUGAUAUGCGGACACAAAGUGGCAAUUUAAAUCCAGACAGAAGGCAGCUGCUCAAACAAUUACUGAAUGGUAUAAGAGCAAGCACAGCCCGUCGGAAAGGGCUGCCUCUGGACACAAAUUGGCCACAAAGUGUACCUGUUAGUCAGCAGCACUCGUUUUCUCAAGCAUGCGCUGAUAGACAAGGCAGGCAUCAAGGAAGUGCUGUUCCCAUCAAGGCAAGCUCCAAUCCCAGACCUACGCAUGCGGCGCGGAACCGUUGCGGCAAUCAACAGGGCAACGUGAAUCCAAAUCCAGUGGACAGAAAUCAACGGACUGAUGAAGUGAAUGCGCACAGUCAUGAACAGUUCACAUAUACCUCAUCGCAGAGUCCUUGCAACGGAAACCAAGCCGUCGGAACUCGGCAUCAACCUUACGACAGUGAAGAAAUUGUUGAUGAAGACAGUUAUGGGAACUUUGCCAAGAAUAACAAAUCGAUGAUGAGCGGGAACAGAAAUCCAGAGAGAGUGAAGUUAAUGAGUUACAUUGCUCGUCGUUUGGCUUCAAAAGCAGAACGUGUCUCGUCGACGGCUAAUGCCUCAUAUUAUAAUCAGCCACCAAGCAGGCGAUCUGAAGUCGAAAGACAGAUAUUUAAUAGGACUAUGGCAAAUCCGUUGAGCACUAGAGCAACAAACACAUCGACCAGAAGACACGAAGAGUUACCGCCACUUCAGCAAUGUCAACGACUUAUGGACCUAUUGGUAGGGACGUAUAAUGUUAAAUCUGAUGAUAAUCGCAACAACGGUGGACUAAAAUCCUCAUCAAGAAAAAGACCGGCCGAAGCCACUCAAGUUGCCAAUAGUCCAACACCACCCAGGGCUCAGGGCAUGAUGGACCGCUGGAUACAUUUUGAAAAUGAACUGUGGAAAAAGAGGGUAGCUUCACUCCAAGCUGAGCAGCGACAUUCUUUGUAUGUCGAUACGACGUCUGAUUCACUCACUGACGACAAAUGCAGAUCAGGAAAUCCUGAUCGCCAGGUUCUGAAUGAUAGAAGGGUGACUUCACGUCUGCAUUCAAAUCAGUCAAACACGGUUUUGUCUCCAGUGUCUUCAGACGGUGACGAAAUCCCAGGUCUCAUUCAGGAACCUCGGCGUCCUAGUAACGACACAGUUACACAAGAUGAUCAGCAUUUUACCAACAGUGUGCCACAAAACACAUCAGCCGUUUCGAGUAAUUUAAAUUACCAUAAUUGUAUGAGUCAUACAUCUCUCUAUGGCAGAUCCUAUUUAGUCUGUUGUGAACAGCAGUUUAGCACCGCAAAGAGGCCUCCAGGACAUGAAACAAACGUAAAUGAGUGUCUUACCAACAUUUCAUUUAAUCAAGCUGUUGAAAAAAGUGGUUCAGCAGUCCAAAGAGAGUCCGUGUCCGCGCUCAUCAGUGGUCAGCUAAGAUCCACUAAAGAUGCACCAGUACGAGGCAUUGCAGAAGUUGCUGAGUCAUUGGAUGAUGAAGAAACGGACACAGAUGACGGCGAUGUCGAAAUAAUUAGCCCACCUCCCAAAAGAUAUUCUACGCCUAACACGUUGCUUGAUGUUGAUGACAAGAGAAAUGACAAGAGUCCAGUAGAACAAGAUACCCGCAAGAUUUCCCACGGCGCACUGCGCGCCGAACUAGUGACAAAAAUUCGAGCCACCCGAGAGAGAAUAGCACAAGAGAAUGUCGAGUGGAAGAGGAAAUAUCUCUACAGGAUACAAAUGGAGCUAGAGAAUAAACUGGCCAAGGUUUGUGGUACAGCUCACGUUAUUGUCAUUGAUGACGAAUGAGAGAAACAAUUGUUUCAACAACAAGUGAAUUAAUGACUGGAAAACAUGUGAAAACUUACAUCACUGCGCUUGGACGCUUGUAGUAUGAGAUGAAACCUUGAGAACAAUUGUGAAACUUUUUAUUCGAUUUAGCCGCCUUUUUGACCAGACUAAACAUGGCAACUGUUUAAUUUUUUAAAACGAGAAAAUUUGAAAGGAUUUUUUAUAGUACACUGAGGUGUUAAAUUCCUGAAGUAUUGAGGUUUUGAUAGAUGACUGGGUUUAUGAAAACUGUGUCAUUGUAAAAUACAUUCCUUUGCGCCAGGUGAAACCUAAGACCUACAAAUAACUCCAAGCGAUGAAAUACUGUAUAAAAAAGAAAACGGUAGAGUACGAAAAGGAAGAUGGAAAAGUGAAAAGGAAAAAAACUGACUGGCAUUACUCUGAAUUUCUUUUUUAUAAUUAUAUCUGUCUACUUUGGAGGUAUUGUCUGGCAAGAAAAAAAGGUUGAGUAAGGCGAGAUUUUCAUUGACACUAUUUUCAUAAAUCGAGAUAUACCAGAACUAAAUAUUGUAUUAAAUUUGAUUUUUUUUUUUAUAUUUUAAAUAUGACAAAUUCAACCCUAUCUGGGUUAAUGGUGCAAAUUAGAGACCACCUUAUAGGAAAGCGAGUGCUGAACAAUCUGUACUUCUAUGACUGAAUAGAAACACAGGACUAGCACGAGUUGCUGACGAAAUGAUGAAGCGAGCAAAGAGAAUUUACUUUUUGAUAAUAGAAAUAAGCAAGUGAUUGUUCUUCCUUCAGUUCUUACAUUGUUUCUAAAAGAAAUAGAAAACACCUUUCGAGUUUUCAUCAAGUUCUAGAAACACUCGUAAACGAUUGUUUGAACUUAAAAACAGCUCAGUGUGGAAACAUUCUCCUGCAGCUCGUGUUUCGGCGGCAUUUCUCGUUUCGUGACGACCAUUUUCUUGAAUGGUUAUGUUUAAAGCUGGCUUAGUACUAUGAUUUCUUAACGUUUAAUUGUAUGUUUCGUAAUGAAAAUAUGUACAAAUAUUGGUCCCAUCAUUCUCUGCUUUUUUGUCUUUUCUUUUCAAUUUAUUUACUUAUUUGUUUUUUCUAUUUUGAAUUUUACAACCGGGAUAAAAUUUGUAAUUUUUUGUGAUUACUUAGCUUGCGAGAGCGGACGCCUUUUCUCGGCGUGUAAACCCAAAAUCGAUAACGACGUGUUCUAUCGCAGACUAGUCACAACGCAGUUCGUUUAGCUUUUACUAUUCUGAGUAGUUUUUGCCUUAUUAAGUUAAAUUAUUGAUUGUUUUAUUUAUUCUAUAUUCUGUGGCAAAUAAAUGCUUAGUUGCGCAU